ACAGAAAGAAUGGAGGCGGGGCUCUUCAGUAGGAUAGUGGGCGGGGCUGACACUAACUUUCUAUGCUGUUUUUAGCACAGGAGAGGGUCCGUUCCUUUCUCUCCUAUAUUAUCACGUCCAGGAGGUAGUCUGAGUAUUAAAGCACCGGUCAUGUGAUCUCUUCACUGCACUAAACGCUUGACAACAGUUGCGUAUGUGUCAGGAACGGAUAUUGUUCUACGUUUACGUAAUUUGAUAUUCCAGAAGACGCACGGCGCGUACAUAGCCUGGUUGCUUGGUAACCACGGUACGCUGUCCUGUGUUUGAGGCUGCGGAGAGCAGGCGGGUGCAUUGCUGACCGGACAAAGAAGAGCGCAAUGGCUGAAGCCAGGAUAUCUCCUUACCUACCGCCCAACAUCGACCCCACUAAGGCUCCUGUCGCCUUUGGGAAAAGGGCUUUACCCAAACUCAAUGAGGAGCUGAGGGCCCCGGAGCUAGUGACCAGGCAGCGGGCACUGAUGGCCCUGAGCGACCUGCUGCACGACCCAGAGAACGUCUACCAGGCUGUGCAGCUGGGUUUUAUGGAAACCCUGAAAAAUCUGCUGUAUGAUCAAGACUGCACAGUUCGGCAGAAGACUACUGAGAUUUUUUACAUAAUGGCUGGUCAUAACAUUGGAAGAGAUGGCAUCUUGGGAAGUGAUAUAAUUGUUGCCAUGUCUCCCCUCCUUGAGGACCCUGUGGAUAUCUGUCGUAGGAAUACGCACCAGUCGUAUGAAAUGCUAUCAGAACUUCCUGUUGGUGCAGUAGCCCUAGUUGACGCAGGCCUAGUCUCACAGCUGGUGAGGAAGUUGGAGUCCGAGCUGGAUGAAAUACAGGAGGUCAUCUUGGACACGCUACAUUUCUGCUUACAAGCAGAUGCGACUCAGGCUCUUAGUGCAGGAGCAGUGAUGAUUCUCAAGAAAAAGCUCAGCCACCCCAUAGUAAGCAUUAGAAGGAAGGCGGCCUGUGCUCUCAUGGAAAUAUGUGUGCCAUUAGAAGGAAAAGAAAGUGUGUGCAAAGCUGAAGUAAUUCCCUUACUGGUGCAGCUACUGGAUGAUAGUGAUGCUGAGGUCAGAGCUAAUGUUGCAGGGGCUUUGAUGUACAUUACCAUCACUACUCAAGGCAAAUAUGCUGCCCUUCAUUCUGGGGCCAUCCCUAAACUGUUGGCUCUUGUUAAAGAUAGUCACAGCAAGGUGCGACUGAACUGCCUCAAAGCAUUAACAACCCUAUCUGAGACUCCUGAGGGACGUAAAAUACUUCUGCAGGAUGUCAGUUUAAUCCAAGGAUGUAUGGAGGACCACAGUGAAGCAGUAAGAAGAGCGGCUUCUAUAGCAGUGAGAGUCAUACAAUGGAAACCAUGAACCCAAUUCUGGAACUGUCGACAUCACAUAUCAUCUUUAUUAUCUAUUCCUGCAAUAGAUUAAAGGGGUUAGUAGAGUAGAUAGGCCAGCUCACCACAGGUGGGUCCCAUCCACAGCACGCAGGUGUAUGGCAACACCAAAGAUCCAAUGGAAAUAGAAACAAAAGCCACACAAAUGGUGAACAUGAAAUGACGCAUUUCAGGAG